AUGGAUAAGUUGUUUAUUAACUGGGAUUGUCAUAGUAGUAAUGUCACUGAAGGAAGAAUCUUAGUUAUUUGGCAGAAAUCAUUUAUCAAAGUUCAGAUUUUGAAGGAGCACCAACAGUUUGUGCACUGUUUGGUUAAGAUUGCUGAUGUGCCGACUGAUUUUGUGAUCUCUUUUGUCUAUGGCCUAAAUACCAUGGAAGAGAGAUUGGAGUUAUGGAAGGGUCUUUCAUGUGUACCUCUACCUGUAAAACCAUGGUUGAUUGUUGGAGAUUUCAAUGCCGUUUUUCACUUUGAUGACAAAGCUGGUGGGAAGUCAGUUAGUGCUGCUGAGAUUUAUGACUCCACUACCUGGAUAGCUCAAAUGCAGAUGGCUGGUCUAAAGAGUAUUGGUUCUAAGUAUACUUGGUCUAAUAGGCAAGAUGGGAAGGAUAGGGUGUACUCGAAAAUUGAUCAUGCUUUUAUCAAUGAGAAUUGGGUGGAUACUUUGCCUAACACUAUAGCUGCGUUUCAGUGGGAUGUUAACUCUGACCACUCAUUCAACAAGGAGGAAAUUGGAGAUGUAGAGAAGGGUUAUCAUCAAGCUAAGGGUGAAUAUGAAUUGGCUUUAAACAGAGCUCAAGCUUCCCCAUUGGAUAGCUCUAUUCAGGAAACUGAAAAAGAUGCAGCAGCCAACUAUCAAUUUCACUCUACAAUGUACAUAAGCUUUUUGGUACAACGAAGUAAAAUCACUUGGCUGCAGAAGGGAGAUGACAACAACUCUUACUUUCAUGCUUGCAUUAAAAAACGAAGAGAGGAGAAUAGAAUUGUUUCCUUUCAGAAUGAACAGGGGGUUAUUAUUGAUGAUUAUAGUCAAGUUGUUGCUCAUUUUCUGGACCAUUUUCGCGGAUAUAUGGGAAGCACCAGCUCAGCAACAAGAAAAAUUAAUACUCACUAUAUUGGUCUUGGUCCUUGUCUGGACAUUGAGAUGCAGCUGAAGCUUAUCAGAGAAUUUCGAAAAUCAAAUGUUAGGAAGGCUUUGUUCAGCAUUUCGGGUACUAAGAGUCCAGGGCCUGAUGACUUUGGCUCUGAGUUUUAUAAGGCUAUGUGGCAGGACAUAGGUGAUGAAUUAUCUGAGGCCAUUCUUGAGUUCUUUAACUCUGGGAAGAUUCCUGCUGAGCUGAAUAAAACAGUCCUUGCUAUGGUUCCUAAAUCUGAUAUGUCGUGCAGUGCCAUUGACUACAGGCCCAUAGCUUGCUGGGGGAUUUCAAGGUGUAAAGGGUCUGCAUCAAGGAGACCCUAUUUCUCCAUUACUGUUUGUCCUGGUAAUGGAAUAUCUCACUCGAUUACUGCAGCUAGGAGCUACACAAUCUUUGAGGAAUUCUGUAGUAGCACAGGGCUGAAGGCAAAUCACAGCAAAUCACAUGUCUAUUUUGGAGGUGUUCCGAAUAUAGAAAAGGGUCAUUUGCUUCAGGUUUUGCAGAUUAAAGAGGGAACAUUUCCUCUUAAUUAUCUUGGAGUUCCAAUGAGACCAACAAAAUGGAAAGCGGCUGAUUGUGAUGUGAUUCUAAAAAAGAUUAAACUUAGGCUUCACACUUGGGCUAGUAGACACCUCUCUUAUGCCGGGAGGACCCAACUCAUUAAUUCUGUCCUGUUGGGUUUGCGUAACUAUUGGAUGAAUAUCUUCAUGCUUCCACAAAGUGUAGUUAAGGAGAUUGAUAAACUUUGCAUGUGGUUCUUGUGGGGUAACAAUGGAAUCCGAAGUAACUUCCAUCGUGCUUCUUCGUCCAAAGUCAGCUUGCCUAAAGCUUAUGGGGGCUUGGGUUUUGGUGAAGGAGCAAAAUGGAACAAGGCUAUGCUUGCUAAGUAUAUUUGGGCAAUAAGUCAUCAACCUGAGGCAAUGUGGGUUAAGUGA